GGAUGAGAGUGUACUGUGGAGUGUGGAGAUAUGCUGAGUGCUAACUUUAACGUUUAGCUAAAAUGUUUAUGAAUUAGUUAAUAAGUCAUUAUUUUUGUUAACCUUUUUUGUCAUGCUUCUAAUUUCUACAACCUGAAAUGAUACUUUGACGAAUAAACUUACGACCUGUAUUUCAAGAAUUUGGUAUUUUAUAAAAUAAAAUAAGCAAUAGAACGGCUAACAAAAGAAAUUGAAUUGAUAGUUUUGUAUCUUUUAUAAAUCAUUUAAUUUGCAUAAAGGAUGAAGCGAGAAGAAACGUUUAAAGAUAUUUUGAAACCCCGUAACACCCAUUUUGGUAUUGUAAAGUUUAUGACCCGUUCGUGGUCACCAAGAAAGUGUAUAAGCAACGGUUUGAAUUAUUCAUCUGAAGAAAUAAAAAAUGCUGUUUCAAAGUCGGUGUUCCUGGAUUCUAUCAUAGAAGCGGAGAGUGCAAAAUCUGGAGUUUGUAAGGAGCAGCUAAAAAAGGAAAUUGCAACAUAUUUAGAUGAAAUAGCACUAGAUAAGAAGAUGCAUGUUGUCCGUUGGAUGGGUGUAUUCUUUCUAAAAAUGGCAUUUAUGAUGAAGAUUGGGAUAUUUGUCAAUGAGGCAUCAGUUUUAAAGCUGAGAGAGACAUUAGGAGAGAAUCCAGUGUUGUUCCUGCCAACUCACAGGAGCUAUGCUGAUUUCUGUCUCAUGACAUACCUGUGCUACCAUUAUGAUAUAGAAUUGCCUGCUGUUGCUGCCGGAAUGGACUUCUACUCGAUGGCGGUGGUCGGUCAGAGUAUGCGGGAGACAGGCGCCUUCUACAUCCGUCGUUCGCUGGCGGGCGCUCACUUGUACGCGUCCACGCUGCGGCAAUACAUUCACGAGCUGGUCUCCAAGUACACAUUGCCUGUGGAGUUCUUCGUCGAAGGCACAAGGAGCAGGAGCAACAAAAGUUUACCGCCCAAGUACGGUAUAUUGACGAUGACACUAACACCGUACUUCACUCGAGAAGUGGAUGACAUCACUAUAGUGCCGGUCAACAUUAGCUACGACCGGCUCAUGGAGCAGGGACUGUUCGCGUACGAACACUUGGGUGUACCCAAGCCGAAAGAGACCACAGGGGGACUAUUAAAGGCUCUACGCAGUUUAAACGAUCAUUUCGGAAACGUAUAUAUAAGUGUUGGCGAACCGCUGUCCUUAAAAAAAUUCAUAGGACGUCCGGAGUUCUCGACAGAGUUAUCCAAACCUAGUGCAUUUCAACAACUCACAGACGCUCAACUGAAAAGUGUCCAGAAUGUAGCUCAUCAGGCCGUUCUUAUGCAACAGGAGAAUACAGUUGUCACAAUAUCGAACCUUCUAUCCAUAGUGCUAAUGGGAAGUCUGUACAAAAAUAAAUUGCUGGAUUUCGAAGAGGUGUUGGUUGAAAUGGGGUGGGUUAUAAAAGUUCUUAGAACGCUUGGUGCGUCUGUGUUUGAGAAUGAUGUUCGCAGCAGCGUGGAGAGAGUUCUGGUCGUUCAUAGGUCUAUGGUGACACUGGACAAGGAUAAGAAGUUGAGGCUGGUGUCCAGCGCUCUGAGGGAAGUCGAUUCUGGUGUGCAGAUGAACAUGAAGGGUCACAUCCUGAAAGCACAAACCAUGGUGAGCGCAGUGCCAAUAGUUCAGCUGCAGCUCUACGUAAACCCUGUGUUGCAUUAUUUAGUGCCACCCGCUAUUUUGUACCUUAUUGUACGGAGGGGCAGCAUUGAGAAAGGUGAAUUGCAAUCAACUUACAAAGACAUCAGAAGAAUGCUCAGCAACGAAUUUUACCAUUUACAAGAAAAUGAAGAUCGGACGUUCAACAAGGCGCUCGAGUACUGCACACAGAACCAGGUGGUAGUGGCAUCCGGCACCACGUUCUCGGACGGGACGGACCAGAGGCUGCAGGAUCUACUGCAGUGGGCGGUGGUACCAGCCCUCACCACACUACUAACUUGUGCAGAUGUCAUGAUCGAGUAUGAGCAGUGUGAACACAAGCGCGCUGUGAAGCGAGUUCAGGAGCUGGUGGAGGAACGUGGUCUCCACCCCUACUGCCUCAGCCUGGAGGCCGCUGGGAACUGUCUGCAGGGCUUGGUGAUGGCGGGCGCUGCCGCGCGCCGGAAGAUAGCCAAUGAUGUGCUGUACGAAGCAGUUCCUGAUAAGCUGCGGGCGUACCGACAACUAGUCCAGUCGGUGCUUCCCGAUAUGAACAUUGUGCUUGCUAGCAGCGCUGUCAUAUUGCAACACUCCUGCUGUGGGCGGUCCAUUGAACGAGUGUAUGAGACGGUAGAACAGCAGGGAAAAGUGGCGAAUGCUCGUGAGGCGAAUCACAUCUGCCCCAAAAGAUGUCACAUCGUGAUGACCACGACCGUUCUGCCAAGAGUGUUAUGAAGAAGAAGAUGAAUGAAAAACAUCUUGUUUUAAAUUCUUGUAAAAAAAAAGUAGAAAAUAAAAUAAAUGCACACUAAGCCAGCCUAUGUCCAUAUAGGACUACAGAGAGGUCCGACUGAGCCUUGACUCACCGUUUCGCUAUGAUGGUAACUUAUAUUAUAUACUUAUAAUCAGUUGACACCCAAAAAAAAGUACCUACUAUGCAUAAAAGUAAUUUUCAACAAUUUAUAAUCUAGAUACACUAAAAUUAAAACUUAAAUAGGUUAGUAAAAUAUAAUUAACAUUUUUUUAUUUGUAAUUAAAAAUGAGUUUUCGUGAUGAUAGUAGAUAAAUAAUAGAUGUAUAUAAAGGGAGAGGUGUGGUUGGUGCAGAGAGCUUGCAUUUCAAAUAAAUUGGAAAAACAGUUAAAGCUUAAACAAGACGAGGUAAUUAAAUAUGUUCAUUUGUGAUGAACUAAUUACAGCAAAUGAAAAAAAUAACGUCAUUACAAAAUAAUCAUACUGCAAGUUAAUAAACUCCGGGUACAAACCACCUGCUGAGAUGUUUUGGCGCCAAACCCGCCGCUGGCCAAUCGGGACACUAUAUCUACAUGUGUUUACAAUAGUCCAGGUUUUAUUAUGCGGUUUAUGUUACGGGUUGCUAGAUAAACAAGCUUGGUCAUUGUAAGCAAAAAAACGUGAUUUAUGAUAGAUUCGUGCUGUGAUACCGCCGCUCUUUCAGAGUUGAACAAGAAAUUUUGAAUAUUUUACUAAAUCAUGAUAUGAUAAUGAAUAUGAUAUGAUUUCUUUAAAAAAAAUAUUUUUAUUCCAAAAUAAAAUUUCACAAAAUAA